AUGUGUCAUCGGCCAUCAGAGCAUCGGCCAUCCAUGACGCCCGUAGUUCGCAACCUGCACCUUGUCGCUCCGGACCGCCCUGCUCACCAACACUCGACCAUGGUAGAUAAGUUUCCCCUCGUGUCCGCUGUCCAACACAGCCCCUCUUAG